AUGCCGGAUUUACAACAACAAGUGAGAUAUCUCAAAGAAAAUAAUUUACGUCUAAUUAACGAAAAAUCAAAUCUUGAGAACGAAUAUAAACAAGCAAAAUUAAUGCAAACUCAAGCCGAAUUUCAUAAAAAAACCAAUCAAACAUUGCAUCAGAAAAUUAGUGAACUACAAGCUAUGAUUGGUAAAACUGAUCUUGAACGGCAACGUGCAGAAGAACUUCUCAAUGUAGUUAUUAGAGAAAAAGAGAGUCUAAUGAAUGAAAUCCAAUCAUUGCGAAAGACAAAGAAAAACUUUCGUGUUAUUAGUUUUGAUGACGAUAUUGUUCAAACAAACUCACAAGAUCGACUUCCUGUAUUAUUUGAAGAUCACACUAUUUUGAAUUCACCUGCUGAUGACAGGUUAACUUUACGUGCACGAAUUUUUCCAGUAGAACUUAUAUCAACUCGUGCUGGCUCAAAAAUGUGUCGUGGUGAACUAAUCGAAACAACAUACGAACCACUUGGUAUACCUGAAAAACAAGAAGUGAAAAUCUAA